AUGACUACAUUUAUAAUCAUUCAAGACUCUAAAAUAUCACGGAAAUAUGACAAAAUUCAGAUCGGUCCGAGUGUUUUGGAAUUGACCGAUUAUCUGAUCCUCGCUGCCUUGGUCGCCUUGACCACCGCUGCUCCCCAGUACAACUACAGUGGCUCUGAUGAAGACUCCAGCGAGAGUAAUGAAGUGGUGCCCAUACUGAGAGACGACCGAGUCCUUGGCAACGAUGGUAGUUACAACUUCGACGCGGAGACUGGCAACGGCAUCGUCCUGUUACGAUCUGGUUCUCCCGACGGUCCUGAUGAUUCAGUGGUCAUAUCUGGACAAUACUCCUACACUGCUCCUGACGGCACUCCCGUCGUUGUGAAGUUCGUCGCCGACGAGAACGGCUUCCAGCCCGAGUCUGACCUGCUGCCAGUGGCUCCCGCCUUCCCCCACCCAAUCCCUCAGUUCGUGCUGGACCAGAUCGCCUUCGCUGCUGAGGAGGACGCUGCCCGUGAACGUGCUGUGGCUGCUGUUUCCUCAGAGGAAGUCAGCUCCCCUGUCCGGUACUAUGACGCCCCUCAGUAA